AAAAAUCCCCCGACGCCACCACGCUCUCUCGCCCCUCCUCUCGCACCCGCCGGAAUGGCGACCCUCGCGCACUUGAAUCCACCGCCGCCGACACCGGCGGCGGCUGGGUUCGUGUCCAUUCGAUCUGCGUGCGGACGGAGGCGCAGGGCUGCCACGGUCUCCCCGCGCGCGUUCGGCGGCGCUGACUUCGACGGUUUCAUGCGGCGGGCGUGGCGGGGCGCCAACGACGGCGCCGAGCGGCUCGCCUUCGAGGUGCGCCAGACCGCGCAGCGCCUCGACGGGCGCUUCUCGAUAUCGAGGCGCAUGGCCGAGGCCGCGCGCGCCGCCCGCGCCCGCGCCGUCGAGAUCGACGCCGAGCUCGGCAUCGGCCGGCGGUGGCGCUCCUUCUCCGUCGACUUCUCGCGCAACUGGCCUAGAUAUAGGAGGGAGCUGAGUGACUUCAUGGCGACACCUAUUGGGAGAGCUUUAGCUACGAUAUUCUUCAUUUGGUUUGCCCUGUCAGGAUGGCUAUUCAGAGUUUUCAUUUUUGGUACAUUUGUCCUGCCUUUUGCUGCCCCGCUUCUCCUUGGGACAUUUGGUAAUAGGGUCGCCAUUGAGGGAACUUGUCCAGCGUGCAAAAGGAGGUUUGUGGGCUACCGCAGCCAAGUCAUUCGGUGCAUGAAUUGCCAAAACAUAGUUUGGCAGCCAAACAAUAGGUCCUCUGGACGAGCUGGCAGUUCAAGAAGCUCAGGGCCUGAUGUAAUUGAUGUGGAGUUUGAGGAGAAGUAAGAACAUGCGGUUAACACCAUGCACCAGCAACUUAGGGAGGGGAAGAGAGAGGAUAGGUUCAGGUUGAAAGUUUGUGAUAUGUGUGUUGUAUUUAGUUACUCCUGGUAUUGUGAGCUGUACAUUAUGUGUUCUUUGAAAUUUGAAUAAAAUGAAGCAUCCUCAAAUUA